AUGAAAAAACUUUUGAUAAUUUGGGUUAGCCUUUUAGCAACAAUAUUUGCCGCUAUAACUGUUGAUUUAUCUGUUCGUUGUUCAUGUGAAGAAUUAACGGCUAAGAGUGAUUGUGAAACAUUAGAACCUUAUUGUAAAUGGAAUACUACUUGUCAAGAAAUUGAAGAUGUACCUUGUUCAGAUAAAACUCAACCCGAUUGUACUUAGGAUAAUGCCUAUUAUCGUUGCACUUGGGAAAAUUCAAAGUGUGUUGAUUAUGAAUACUCAUGCUCAGAUUUCUAAAGUAAAAAAGAUUGCCUCUGCUAUUGGAAUAGCAAAGGUGUAUGUGAGAAUUUCUCAUCUUGUGAAAACUAUGAUGAAAUACAUUGCCCAUAUUCUUAUGAAUGCACAACUCGUAAUAAUAAAUGUGAAAAAAAUAUAUGCUCUAAUUAUAAAACAAAUGAUGAUUGUCACGGAUAAGAUUCUGAAACAACUACUUGUGCUUGGAGUAAUUCUAACGAAUGUUAAUCAUUAACCAAAGCCUAUAUAUGCACAGAUUUGAAUGACUUUUAAAAUGUAUGUGAAAGCAGUCAUUGCGUAUAUGCAAAAAAUGAAUGUACUUUUGAGACAUGUGCUCAUAAGAAGGACAAAUAUCACUGUUAGUAUGCUUAGACCAGUAGAUAUGAAGCAAUAGCAUGUAUUUGGUAAAAUGAUUCCUGUGCUGAAGCAGUUGAUAUUAAGGAUUUCACUGAAAAAAAUUGCAGUAGUUUUUUAGGUUAUAAUUACAGAUGGACUUCUGAAGGCAAAUGCUAAUAAUGCUCAAAAUUAAUAUCCUUAUUCGAUAACUCAGUAGUAUCAAAUUCUUCAAAAAGUGAUAAUUCUUCAAAAAGUGAUAAUUCUUCAUCAAGCACUGCUGCUAUCUUAUCAAUUUUUAUUGCAUUUGCUUUAAAUGCUUGA